UCAGAAUUUGAUAAGUUAGGUGCCAUAAAUUUCCCAGAUGCUAUUAAUAAAAGGAUUUCAAGAAGAAAACAAAAGCGGGUCACAAACUCAAGCUCUACUGAUGCAUCUAACAUACUAGAUCAACCAGAACUGAAAGAGCCGAAUGAAACUCAGUUGGAGCGCCCUAGUCUUCAGCAACAAUUAUUGGAUGAUGAAACUCGUGCACUUCAAAUGGAGUUGACUAAUCUCUUAGAUGCAGUUCAACAAACUGAGACCAUGAUGGUGGAAAUUUCAGAAUUGAAUCAAAUCAUGUCAACCCAUGUUCUGCAGCAAGCACAACUGAUAGACCAUCUGUAUUCUAUUGCAGUUGAAGCUACGAAGGACGUUGAACUCGAUAACAAGGAAUUAUCACAAGCCACGUAG